AUGGACCGGUCCGGCAACUACGGUGCCAGGGGCGGGUCCCGCCGGAACGGGGAGAUUGGGCCCGGGGGGAGGUACCAGCUGGGGAAGAACCUGAACGAGGGUCACUUCGGCAAGGUCAAGCUGGCGUAUGACAAGGUCAAGGACAAGUACGUGGCGAUCAAGUUCAUACCCAGGGGGCCGCAGGUGACCGAGUACGUGGAACGCGAGAUCCUGAACCACCGGACCCUCUGCCAGACGCACAUAAUUGCGUUCAAAGAGGUUUUUGUUACUGACCUCCAUCUGUGCAUCGUCAUGGAGUAUGCAGCAGGUGGUGACAUGCACCAGUUCAUUGGAAAGCACAAGUGCCUACCUGAGCAGUGUGCAAGGUGGUUCUUCCAGCAGCUGAUGAUCGCCAUCCAAUAUUGCCACUUGCGGGAUGUCGUCAAUAGGGACAUCAAACUGGAGAAUAUACUUCUGGAUCGUGAAGAGAGGCUGCUGAAGGUGUGCGAUUUUGGCUUCAGCAAGGGCGGUGACGAUUCUGAGCCCAAGACGUGUGUGGGGACACCCAGCUACCUGGCUCCUGAAGUCCUGAGGAAUGGUGUGCACAAGAAGCGAUAUGACGGCAAGCGGGUGGACAUCUGGACAUGCGGAGUGUGUCUGUUCGUCAUGCUGUAUGGCUACUAUCCUUUUGACGAUCCCUAUGACGACUCGCCAGAGAAGACAAAGAAGAUGCUUGCAAGAAUUGCUGGAGGCAAAGUGGAGAUCCCCCACCAGCAGUUCAGGCCAAAUGGGGUGAGCCGUGAGGCCGUCACCAUCACAGAGGAGUGCCGCAACUUGCUGGCAGGCAUCCUCGAAGCCAACCCUGCCAAGAGGAUGUCCAUGGAUCAAAUAAUGCACCAUCCCUGGUUCCAGAGGGACCUCCCAGUAGGGGCCCUAAAGUACAACGAGGGCGUUGAUCAGAUCGACGAGAGUACCAUUGCAAGAUUGAAGGGCCUGCAGAGCGUCAAAGAGAUCAAGGCCAUUGUUCAAUAUGCCAGGACGCCAGGGAAUGCAAGCUAG